AUGCGCCGACGCCAAAACAGCUCUUUGAGCUCCUCGUCGCGUGGCCUUCCACACCAUGCCCGCCGAACUUCGAAGCUGGCGCAGGAACCCAUCGAGCCAAAGUCUGCUCAUGUGUCAGACCAAUUCCUCCAGAGCUUCCUCUCGCCGUCUUUCGAUCCUGCCGAAUAUCUGAACUCGUCUCUCCCACCAUUGCAAGCCCAUGUCUCUUCAAUCACUCCCAGCCAGGAUGGGGCUGUCCCUCUAGCAGAGCUAUCUUCUCAGGCGCAAACCCUACUGUCGCAGUUGAGCGUACAGACGACGAGACUGACCAACACCUUGACGCAGCUGACAGACGACAUAUUGCGAAGCGGAAGCCGGUUAGCAUAUGAAGUGGAAUUACUACGCGGCGAGACGCUGAGCUUGUCCGAGUCUUUGACAGACGGCUUGCAGAGCGACAUUGCCAAGUUUGUACCUGACGGCCUGCAGCAACAAACCGAACACAAGCCCAAUGGAGCCGUUGGUGCGAGUUCUAGAAAGCUUUCUAUAUCCAUACACCCCGAGACGGUCCCUCCAGGAGGCGGCCAAGAUGGAGUCGAAGACCCUGCCUACAUAACGCAGUUGAAGACAUUGACUUGUGUAAGGGAGCGGUUGGACUCUGUCAUCAAGACAUUUGGCGAUGCCAUGGAAUUCGUGUUCCCACCAUCUGAAUUGUCUGUCAGUUCUGGCUUCUUGUCCGUCUCCGCCCCUGAUGCAGGAGGACAAGAUCAUAGCACGGAAGAAAAAGGCCAGCAAGUGCUUAAACAACUAAGAGACGAGAUCUCUGGCCUCUUGGCCGACAAGGACUCCGUGGCGGGGGUUGAGAAGGCCCUUCUCCGGGUGGAGGUGUUGAAGGAGCUAAAUCUGGUGUGGAAAGGCACAGGAGAAGAGAAGGGUCGCACCAAGUUCAUUGAUGGCUUGGCGAAAAUGGUGGAAGAUAAACACAGGGACUUACUGAGGGAGCUCGAGCAGAACGGCAAACGAGAUCCCAGAGCUGAGGUGGAAAACAGUCCGCGAAAGAGUUCAGAUGGCCCCGCCGAGACUAGAGGGGCUACCGGAUAUGGUUUUAUGAGCCAACUACAAAAAUUAAGGAGCGGGCUGUAA